CUUGAAAUUUAACUUUUUUUGUUGCUUCAGUUGCUCUGUUUUGUUUGAAAGUUGUGUUUUUUUCUUGUAUUUUCUCAAAUCCCAGAUGGAAUCACCAGCUGCUGCAACAUGUUACUAAAUUUUUUCUUUCUUUCUCUCUUGUUUGUCUGUUUAAUCUUCAUGGUUCUGGUCUGCUAUUGUCAAGAUCUCUGCUUUUUUCUUCACUUUAUUUAGUGGGGUUUUGUUGUCUGGGUUCCGUUACUUUUUUACCUCAUGCCUGCUUUCUCUUUUCUACGUGCACCGACGAGAUUUUCUAGUUUUAGCAACUUUCUAGUUCAGCCGGCGUCUCUCGCUUUCUAAAAUGGGAAAGACUCUUAGUCCUGGGAAAUGGCUCAGGACUUUCCUGGGGAAGAAAUCAUCCAAGUCAAGCUUGGCUAAAGGAAACGUAAAACCGAAAUCUGCCAAGAAAGAAGAGGUGGUGGUUGUAUCUGUGAAGGAUGAUGCCACAAACUUACUCGUCGAGCCUCCUGUAGUUUCAUCCCCAUUUCAGACAACUACUGCUCAGACUGUGGAAAAACCAGACACGGAACAACAACCGAGCGAUGGGAUCAAUGUUUCGUCUGUGAAAGACAAUGAAGGUGAUGAUUCCAACAUUGAUCUGAGUUCACAAAUUGACUCAGGAGGAGAACUGAAGCGUGAAAAUGCCGCAACGAAGAUUCAGGCUGCUUUCAGAGCUCAUCAGGCUCGUAAGGAUUUUGGAACCUGUAAAGGUAUCGUCAAGUUGCAAGCCGUCAUCCGUGGUCACCUGGUCAGAAGACAAGCUGUUGCUACAUAUGUGUGUAUAAGGGGAAUAGUGAAGUUACAGGCUCUUAUCCGUGGCGGUAAAGCAAGAUCUUCGGAUAACGGAAUUCAACUACAGAAAAGACUUACGGAAACCAAAAGUUCAGAGAAUUUUCAAGCAAGAUCUUGCAGUUUGAUGGAGAAUCCUGCAAAACUUUCCAUCAUUGACAAGCUUAUGGCUUCCUCGCCAACUGCUUUGCCUCUGAAACUGCAAUAUGGUCCUGAGGACCCUAACUCGGCCAAGGUUUGGCUUGAACGCUGGACAAGACUUCAAAUUUGGGCACCUAGUUCCCGAUCAGCCAAGACCCCCAUUCCAAAACCGCCUCGGACAGUUGACGCGGAAAAGGGAAAGCAGAAACGUGGAAUCAAGAAACCAUCUGGAGCAAGUACUGAAAACAGCUCUGGCCGCUCUACAGCUGAAAAUGGAAAACCUAGACGAAACGUGAGGAUAGCUUCCACGCUUAACAAAGAGAUCCCGAGAAUGGAGAAUGACAAGGUCAAACAGAAUUCAAGAAAAACUAUUAGCUCCACUAAGGACGAGAAUCCUAGGCCUAGUGUUAAGAAGGUUUCGAAUACUCCUCUUUCAAGUGGGUCAGAGAAAGUGACCCACAAGUCUGCUGAGAAGAAGGAGAAGAAGAAGAAGGAAGAAACGACAGAUUCAGUGCAGAGAGAGCUGGAUGAAGCUCCAGCAUCUCUUUCUGACGUUCCUGGGGGAGCCACGAUGGAAAAGAAGAACAAUUUUCCCGAUGCUGUUUCAAGAGAUUCUGAUCUCAAUAAUGAUGAGAAAUCGACAGUUCUGGAAAAACCUGAGCAAGAUGAACUCAAAGCUGUUGAGAGCAGUGGUCAAGCUGAGGAUGUCCAAGGUGCGAGUGUGCAGCUAUGCUCUGAGAAUGGCGAUGCCGCUUCUGAGAAUACAAAGCCAAGUGAUAGACGAGCUUCAUUGCCUGCAAAGAUCGAGAAUCAAGAUGAAGGGCUCACACGAAAACUUCCCAGCUACAUGGCACCGACUGAAUCUGCAAAGGCCAGAGUGAGGAGACAAGGCACUCCGAGGUUUGCCCAAGAGAGGAUCGAGAAAAACGGGAUAGUGCCUGUGAGGCGCCAUUCUCUGCCAUCCCCGAGGGCGCAUCGACUGCUUUUAGCCUCAGUGAAAGGAUCUAUGAACAGCGAUGGAUCUUUUUCGUCUUCUAAGGACGUGGGUGAUAAUUCGAUCAGGGCAGAGUGGAAAAGGUGAAAGCUUGAAAGCAAUCCAAGAGUCAUAUCUUAUCAUCUUACGCUUAUCCAACAAACUUGAAACGUUUUAUGUACGGUGUCUUGCGUGUUUGGUUUUGGUUUGGAGAGUCAAAAGGGUAUUUUGUCAGUUCAUUACACACCCUUUGAUAUGUCUCUCCAGUUUACUUACUCAGAUGUUUGUCGACAGAAAAGGAUACAGACUUACAGUAAAUAGUUCAUACAGGCCUCCGGAAACA